CUUGCGCAGUAGAUCCUAGGGUGUAGUCGGAUAUAGUUAUUUUCCUUCUGAAGUUUCUCCAUGGCGGUGGACACAAAGCACUGAGACCGUGGAAGUCUGCGUUAGAGCAAGGACAAUAAUUCUGGAAGGAACAAACGCAUUUUUAAAGAGAAGCGAUUGAAAGUUUUCCGCAUGGUUUUACUUGUUUUAUCAAGAUUGCGGUAACUGGGUAGUUACCAAUAAAUUGAAAGUUCAAAGGUGUAAUAGAGGGAUUCGUGUAGUUGUAGCUUAAAUUUGAAACGGCUUUUAGAAUAGCUGAGAAUGCGUUGGGUUAUUCAAGUUUUGUUUUCAUUUACUUGUUUGGCUGUCUUCAGCCACAGUGCUAUGGAUGAAUGCACUGACGAUUCGAGUCGUCCUCAGCGAUGCAUGCCAGAGUUUGUCAACGCUGCUUUCAAUGUCACUGUGGUAGCUACCAAUACUUGUGGCUCUCCACCAGAAGAAUACUGCGUACAAACCGGGGUUACGGGGGUCACCAAGUCGUGCCACAUCUGCGAUGCCAGGGAUCGCAGACAACACCACAGUGCUGUGUACCUCACCGAUUACAACAAUCAACAGGACACCACCUGGUGGCAAAGUCAAACUAUGUUAGCGGGCAUCCAGUAUCCACACUCAAUCAAUCUAACUCUUCAUCUUGGCAAGGCUUUCGACAUCACUUACGUGCGACUCAAGUUCCACACCAGCCGCCCAGAGAGCUUCGCCAUCUACAAGCGCACAAGUGAGGAUGGACCAUGGACGCCUUACCAGUACUACAGUGGCUCCUGUGAGAAGACCUACCAGAAGACCAACAGGGGCUUCAUCCGCACCGGACAGGACGAACAACAGGCCCUGUGCACAGACGAGUUCAGCGACAUCUCACCCCUGACUGGAGGAAACGUCGCCUUCUCCACCCUUGAAGGCCGGCCCAGUGCUUACAACUUUGACAACAGCCCAGUUCUUCAGGAAUGGGUGACAGCUACAGAUAUCAAAGUGACCCUGAACAGGCUCAACACAUUCGGAGACGAAGUUUUCAAUGAUCCCAAGGUCCUGAAAUCCUACUACUACGCUAUCUCAGACUUUGCAGUGGGAGGAAGGUGCAAGUGCAAUGGCCAUGCGAGUGAGUGUGCGAAAAACAACGGUUUCGGCAAGCCGGUUUGCAACUGCAAGCACAACACGGAGGGUGAUGACUGCAAUGUGUGUAAGCCGUUCUACAACGACCGUCCCUGGAGGAGAGCUACAGCCAAUAACCCUAACGAGUGUCUGCCGUGCAACUGUAAUGGCAAGAGUGCAGAGUGCUACUUUGACCCUGAGCUCUACCGUGCCACUGGCCACGGAGGACACUGCCGCAACUGUGCCGACUACACAGACGGGCCCAACUGUGAGCGCUGCCUGGACAACUACUACAGACACACAUCUGGCACCCGCUGCCUGCCCUGCAGCUGCAACCCAGUAGGCUCUCUGGCCACUCAGUGUGAUAACACAGGACGCUGCAGCUGUAAACCAGGUGUGAUGGGGGACAAGUGUGACCGCUGCCAACCUGGCUUUCACACAUUGACCGAAGCAGGCUGCAGACCUUGCUCCUGUAACCCUUCCGGAAGCACACAGGAGUGUGAUGUCCAGACAGGCCGUUGCCAGUGCAAGGACAACGUGGAGGGCUUCAGCUGUGACAGGUGUAAGCUGGGCUACUUCAACAUGGACCCCCAGAACCCUCAGGGUUGCACUCCGUGCUUCUGCUUCCAGCAUUCAUCUGUCUGUGACAGCGCUGAAGGCUACAGCAUUGACACAGUCUCCUCCACCUUCGACCGAGAUGAUGAGCAGUGGACAGGCCAGCAGCGUGACGGCUCCAGUGUUUCAGUCCAGUGGUCUGCUGGUGGAGAGAUCUCCCUCAUCUCCGAUGACUACUUCCCAAUCUACUUUGUGGCUCCAGAGAGGUUCCUGGGCAAUCAGCUGCUGAGCUAUGGCCAGAAUCUCACCCUGAACUUCCGGGUGGACAGGAGAGACACGCGCCUCUCAGCCGAGGAUGUGGUUCUGGAGGGGGCUGGUCUCAGAGUGGCUGUGCCUCUCAUUGCUCAGGGAAAUGCCUAUCCUGGCGAGAACAUGCAGACGUUUGUGUUCAGGCUCCAUGACAGCACAGACUACCCCUGGAGGCCCACCCUCACUCACUCAGAGUUCCAGAAGCUUCUGCACAAUCUGACGUCCAUCAAGAUCCGUGGCACCUACAGCGAGAGAAGUGCUGGUUACCUUGACGAUGUGAAGCUGAUCACGGCGAGGAGAGGUCCCGGGAGCCCGGCUCGCUGGGUAGAGAAGUGUACCUGCCCUCAAGGCUACGUGGGACAGCACUGUGAGAGGUGCGCCCUGCGAUACAGGAGGAGCAGACCAGACCUGGGGCCCUUCAGUUCCUGUGACUCCUGCAACUGUAACGCACACAGUGACACGUGCAGCCCCGACACAGGGAUGUGUGACUGCCAACACAACACAGCUGGGCUCAGUUGUGAGAGGUGUAAAGACGGUUACUAUGGAGACUCCACUGUGGGCAGUUCCAGCGACUGCAAGCCCUGCCCCUGCCCCGGAGGAUCCACUUGUGCUGUUGUGCCCAAGACCAAGGAGGUUGUCUGCACCAACUGUCCUACUGGAACCACAGGCAAGCGCUGCGAGCUGUGUGAUGACGGUUUCUUCGGAGACCCCCUGGGGGAGAACGGGCAGGUGAGGGUCUGUCGGGCCUGUAAGUGUAGCGACAACAUCGACCCCAACGCUGUGGGCAACUGUGACAGAGAGACCGGGGAGUGCCUCAAGUGUAUCUACAACACAGACGGCUUCUUCUGUGACCGCUGCAAAGAGGGCUUCUAUGGAAACCCUCUGGCCACCAACGCCAAUGACAAGUGCAAAGCCUGCUCCUGCUCUCCAUAUGGCACAGUGGACAGACAGACCAGCUGUCUACAGGUCACAGGCCAGUGCCAGUGUUUCCCCCACGUCACCAACAGGGACUGCAGCGCCUGUCAGCCUGGCUUCUUCAACCUGCGGAGCGGAACAGGCUGUGAACAAUGCAACUGCAAUUCUAUUGGGUCCACCAACGGUCAGUGUGACAUCGGUUCCGGUCAGUGUGAAUGCCAGCCCGGCGUCACCGGUCAGCACUGUGAACGAUGUGAGGUCAACUUCUUCGGAUUCGGAUUGUCAGGCUGCAAACCGUGCGACUGUGACCCAGAGGGCUCCUCGACGGCCCAGUGUAAAGAAGAUGGCCGCUGUGCGUGCCUUCCAGGCUUUGUGGGAGCCAGGUGUGACAUGUGUGAGGAGAACUACUUCUACAACCGCUCUACUCCCAGCUGCCAGCAGUGUCCGUCCUGUUACUCCCUCGUCAGAGACAAGGUGAACCAGCAGAGACAGAAGCUGCAUGACCUGCAGACUUUGAUUGACAACCUGGGCUCCACAUCAGAGACUGUGAGUGACAAGGCAUUUGAGGACCGACUGAAGGAGGCAGAGAAAUCUAUCAUGGACCUACUGGACGAGGCUCAGACCAGCAAAGAUGUGGACAAAGGCCUGCUGGAACGCCUGGGGAAACUGAACAGCACACUGACCACUCAGUGGAAUCGUCUGCAGAACAUCAGGAACACCGUGGACAACACCGGAACCCAGGCCGACGAGGCCCGCAACCGGGUACGAGAUGCUGAGAGCCUGAUCGGCCGCGCCCGCGAGGAACUGGACAAGGCCAAGGACGCCAUCAGCAAACUGGACAUCAAAGCACCCUCAAUCAGUGGAGAUCCUAACAACAUGACCCUUCUGGCAGAGGAGGCUCGCAAUCUGGCCGACAAACAUAAAAUGGACGCGGAUCAAAUUGAGAAGAUCGCCAAGGAUGCCAACGACACGUCCACCAAGGCUCUCAACCUGCUGACAAAGACUCUAGAUGGCGAGGGCAAGACCAACCAAGACAUUGAUGAGCUCAACAGGAAGUACAAUGAGGCGAAGGACCUGGCCAAGAACCUGGAGAAACAGGCCAACAAGGUGCAUGCUGAGGCAGAGGAGGCAGGCGACAAAGCCCUGAAGAUCUACGCUAACCUGACAAGCCUGCCACCUUUCAACACCAAAUCACUGGAGGACGAAGCGAGCAAGAUCAAGAAGGAAGCGUCUGACCUGGACAAGCUGAUUGACAAGACCGAGAAAGAGUACAACGACUUGAGGGACGACCUGAGAGGGAAGGAGACUGAGGUCCGCAAGCUGCUGGAGAAGGGCAAGACGGAGCAGCAGACUGCCGAUCAGUUGCUGGCUCGUGUCGAUGCUGCCAAGGCGCUGGCUGAGGAGGCCGCCAAGAAGGGGAGGACCACCUACCAGGAGGCCCAAGACAUUCUGCGAAAUCUGAGAGAUUUUGACAAGCGGGUGAAUGACAACAAGACGGCAGCUGAGGACGCCAUGAAGAGAAUCCCAGAGAUCAACGCUACCAUCAUCGCGGCCAAUGAGAAGACCAAGCAGGCUGAGGGGGCACUAGGCAACGCAGCUGCAGACGCCAAGGAGGCCAAGAGCAAGGCAGAGGGGGCAGAAAAGAUAGCCAGCGCUGUGCAGAAGGGUUCUGCUAAGACCAAGGCGGAUGCAGAGAAGGCCUUUGAGGACACUAUGAUACUGGAUGGGGAGGUGAACGGCAUGAUGGACCAGCUGAGUGCAGCCGAGGCAGAGCUGGCCAAGAAGAAAGCUGAGGCCGACCAGGACAUGAUGAUGGCUAGCAUGGCAUCAGACAAUGCGAAGGAAGCAGAGGACAACGCCCGCAAAGCCAAGAGUGCUGUCAGGACCGUUCUCAACACCAUCAACGACCUGCUCAAGUCACUGGGCAACAUUGACAAGGUGGACCUGAGCAAGUUGGGCUUGAUUGAAGGGUCACUGAAGCAGGCCAAGGACAAAAUGGCGAACAGCGACCUGGACCGCAAGCUGGCGGAGCUGAAUGAUGUGGCCAAGAGCCAAGAGGAGAUGAUCACCGACUACGACAGGCAGAUCAGGGAGAUCCGGUCUGACAUCGCCAACCUCAACGACAUCAAGAACACUUUACCCGAUGGCUGCUUCAACACCCCAUCCCUAGAGCGACCUUAACCCCCUCUCUCUCCACCACCUGUACUCUCCUUCCUCAUAUCCCGUCUGUACCGCUCCUUCCUCAUAUCCCGUCUGUACCGCUCCUUCCUCAUAUCCCGUCUGUACCGCUCCUUCCUCAUAUCCCGUCUGUACCGCUCCUUCCUCAUAUCCCGUCUGUACCGCUCCUUCCUCAUAUCCCGUCUGUACCGCUCUUUCCUCAUAUCCCGUCUGUACCGCUCCCGCCUCAUAUCCCGUCUGUACCGCUCCCGCCUCAUAUCCCGUCUGUACCGCUCCCGCCUCAUAUCCCGUCUGUACCGCUCCCGCCUCAUAUCCCGUCUGUACCGCUCCCGCCUCAUAUCCCGUCUGUACCGCUCCCGCCUCAUAUCCCGUCUGUACCGCUCCUUCCCACAUCUAACACUCGGGCAGAAUGCCACCUUUUUACCAAAACUUUUUUUUUUUUUUUUUUUUUUUAUACACAAGAGAAGCUACGUUUCAUGGUUUUAAAGAAAGAGAAGAAGCAGCUUUGACAUGCAGAAACGUGAAAUUAACUAAGGGCAGAAAACAAAAAACGUGCAUCCAUUCUCCUUUGGUGCAGCAGGAUAGGAGAGGUGUGGCAUACCUCGCUCCAUAGUAAUGAAAACCCACAUGACUGCACCACCUCCAGAUUGUUCCUACACUUCUACGUGGAGGACCGUUACACCGUCUUGUUUCAUCACAACCUUAACCACCCCGACAGAGAAAACAAGGAAAAAUCUCCUCAGCCUUUUCGGAUGGGUCUGUCAUAUGAUAUAGCAUUUGUUUUAUUUGAUAUGGUGUCUAACAAGUUAUCCUUACCCAUCAUUCUAGACCCAAGGGCAUGCUGGGAAUGGUUUGUCUGAGAUUUUUUAGCUAUAGGUAUUGUGCAACUUCCAAUACGUAUGUGCCAUCCUUGGUGUUAUCAACCAUUUGUUUAAAAAACAAGCAGUGAAGGAAUUCUCACAAGUUUAUAUAUUUUGUUUGCCUUCAUUCGCUUCCAAAACUACAUGUCUUGCAUGGAGAAAGUAUUCCUGUUAUUAUUACACAUUUUUACAGUAUUCAACUCUACUGGACAUUCUGCUCCAUACCCACAUUAAAUAAUACUACAGUGUACUAUAGAAUACUACAGUACUUAGUAUAGAAUUCUGUAGUAAACUGUACUAUACUAUACUACACAUUGCACUACAGCAUUUCCCAAACUCUGUCCUCUGGAUCCCAAGGUGUGCACAUUUAGUUUUUUGCCCUGGCACUACACCGCUGAUUCAAAUCAACUCUUCAAGCUUGGAUUAUUUGAAUCGGCUGUGUAGUGCUAGGGCAAAAAUACAAAAAUGCACCCUUUGGAGUCUCCAGGACAGAGUUUGUGAAAUGCUGCUGUAGUAUAUAUCGAUCAUUGGUAGUACUUACUAUAGAAUGUUGUAGGAUACUAUAGUAAAUACUACAGUAUACUAUAGACCACAAAAAUACUACAGUAAUGUCUGCAAAACACUGCAGUAAUUGCUGUAGUAUAUAUAUAUUACAGGAUUUAAUUUGUGUGUGCCCUGCCAAUUUCCAUAUCCUUAUUUGUGGCACCAAUAAGUGACAAGCCUACAUUUGGUAUUGUAUAGAUUAUAUAUUGUGUUCCCUGCCGGUUAUAAAAAGGACAGAAGCUCUGAACUGUCUGUUCAGACCUCAGUCCUACCUGCCUAUAGGUAUAGUACAUUUUAUUUUGUGUAUUUUUUCCAGUAGGUUUCCUCAAGGAUAACAUGUCAAAGAUAAUAAAACAUUAUAGUAAAUACUACAGUUAUUUCCGCAAAAACCCUACAGUAAAUACUACAGUAUACUACAGUCCGUAAAAACACUACAGUAAUUACUAUAGUAUAUACUACAGUUUUCUUACUACAGUGUUUACUAUGAACAGUAAAUACUACAGUAUACUACAGUCAUGUCUGCAAAACUACAGUAAAUACUACAGUAUUCACUAUUUUUACACUACAUUCACUUUUUUCACUAUUAUUUUUUCACUCCACUGAAUACUACAGUAAAGUCUCCAAAAACACUACAGGGAAUACUACAGUAUUUAACAAUAGUAUACCUUAGUAUUUUUUCAUGUGGGCAUGCACAACUGAAAAGCUGUUAAAUGAAACCAGCAAGUGCGUCUUUAAAAUGGCUCUGAUAUUUUUGACAUUUGAGACAGUCCUGUACCGCCCAGUGAAACAAUAUGGUUAAAUAUAAUUGUAUGUAAAAAAAUAUAUAUAUAUAUAAUUAACACUACAAAUCUUGUUUUUUGUCUGAUGUUUUUUCCUUCCUAAGCUGCUGCUUAAAACAGGUGUAUUGCAAAUCACACAUUAAUAUUUUUUAAGACAAAAUUCUACACUAUGCAACUUUGUACAUUUUGCGUAGCAAGACUUUAUCUGAUACACUGGUGCUAAUAAUUAUUUCAAAUUUUAUAUUUUUGUGUGAAUGUUUUUUAUUAUGAUAUAGAGUGAGGAAAUAUUAUUUGUGUAAAUAUAUGCUUAAAUGAUUCAGGGCUGGCUGAUUGUUAAACCCAAGACCCAGCGGCCACUUCGUAUAGGUUUUAUCGCAAAAAAAUCAAACCUCCACAUAAUAUAUAAAUAUAUAUAAGUUCUGUGGUAUAAUAUGCUUGCUUGUGUACAUGGCUCGGUGUUGUUGCCUCAUAGCUCUGCCAUUAUUAAUUUGUGUUUAAUUAUCAGUGGGUGGUCACCAAUUAAUUGAUGAAUGCUUUUAAAACAAGUUCAAAACAAUGCUUUUAAAACACCUUUAUCCUUGACUGAUAAAUUCCGGACUGUGUAAGGGAUGGCCCUAAAGAAGCCAUCGGUCUACAUUAAGCCUAUCGUUUCAUUUUACUGAAUUUAAUUCCUUGACUCCAAGAAAAUAAGCUUGGUCACAAGUUGAUAGUUAACCAUUUAGUAUUUUGUGCCUUAAUAUGUGGUCAAUAUUCACAUCACUUAGUUCCUAACAAGGGCGUCACGUUUAUCGCACACAUUACGUUUCAGACAAACUCUUUUCACACAUUACAUUGUCUCCUCACACGUUUGCUACUCAGUGUCCUCGCAUUUCAGUAGAACAGCAGGGAUUUUGUUGUUGGGUCCAGAACAUCAGCCAGUCAGCCAGCCACGAUACAGUAAAGGAAUAGGUUAUAACCUGGAAACCACUCAUUCUUCCCAUUCAACAUCUCUCAUCCUCAAUAGCCACUCCUUUCCUUAGCCUGCCUUCUAUCUUGUUAUCUGUUGGAUAGUUGUUAGCUAACCUUUUACCCACAAUUUUAUAGAUGUGGCUGCGGCUAAAACGAUGUACUCUGCAGUGAACCAUCUUUUGCCGUCUCUUAACCCUCCAGGCUACCACACUGCUGUGGAAGAAUGUGCAGCACAUACUGUUUGAUGUAUAAAACAGUAUUUCUAAUUUAUAAUGUCUCAAGUAUUUGUAUUAUUUUGUUGCAGUAGAUGAUAUGUAUGUGUUGCACAAUCUUGUUGUGGUCAUUUGGCUAUGGAGGGCAUGUUCUGUUGUACAAUAUAAUACAAAGGCACCAAUUCACUGCAACAUUUCAUUUGUGAGGACCUGAGAAAAACCUGUUUGUGACCCAAUUGCCUGUACAUCCAAUCGUAACAUUUUAAAUAAAUAAAAAAAUAUUACAGGAA